AUGGCUGGGUCCCGCAGGAGUCCGGUGUUGAGAGACCAGUGGAGAGCCACCAGCGACACUAGAGACCCCAGAGACCGGGAGAAGCACCGGCCUCGAGGCUCGUACCGCGAUAGGGGAAGGGACAAAUUUCGCGACCGUGAGCGUCGUCGCCGACCCAAAGAGGGCAGACCCGACGACGAGCUUCCUCUACGGUCGCCGCCACCGCGUCCCUUUCCUCCUCCACCUCACCACGAACCUCGCCAACACCGUGAUUUGUCCCCUAGCACCGUUUCCGCCCGUGGCUCCCCUGGUCAUCCACAUUCGGAAUUUCACCCUGAGGCCACCAUCGGCGCGACCACUCACCAUCCGCUCCGCCUCCCUUCAAGCGUAAAAGGACGCGAAGCCCUUCUCCCAGUGGCUUCGAUCAGCCUCCCACCCGGCCAAGUCAUCGCUAUCCUCCUUCCAAUCACAGUGACGACCUGGAUCGAGGUCUGCCAUCCAACAGGCGAGGACGAUUCGCAACUCGGGGUCGGUCUGGUCGGAGACCAUCCCCCCGACGAGGGAGAGAUAGGCGCCCACCCGGGGGUAGACGUCCAAUAUCCCCACGACCUAGGCGCUCUAGGUCUCCCCCCUUUGCCGGAAGACGAACUCGAGAACGAGCCCCGCUAUCGAUCACCUUCGCGUCACUCUGUGCAGUCCGGUGAUUCGAGAUUAUCUAUAGCUUCUCGCCGCAAUUCUCUGGGUGAUCCGACGAUGAACUCCGCCAGACCCGCCCGCUCAGCAGCGGGUGACUCGUUCAGGUCUCUGUCCCCGUCUCGGGAAGCUCCGGGGCAUGAUGCAGAUAAUGCCAGUGUUUCGGCCAACGGGGAGACAUCACGCGAUGCAUUCCAGCGCCCGCGAACAUCUCGACCAUAUGCCGAUGCUUCUCAGUACUCCUCGACGAUGCAGAACGCUACCCCGACGAAUUCUUACCACGGAUCGCCACAGCCUGGUUCUCCGUACUCGGGCGGGCGCGGGGGACGGGGUCAGCAUGUCCCUACCUCUCCGUACCGGCAGAACAACUACACUACGAGUGGUCCACAUGGUCACAGUUUGUCAUAUUCGGGGCCAUCUUACCGUGGUGGACAUUCAGGGUACCGUGGCGGCUAUCAAGGACAUGGCAGCGACCGUCGCUUUAUGAACUCAGGGCCUCAGGGCCAUAAUAAUGGACCACCACAUGGCCGAAGCAAUUUUAACAAAGCACAUUGGAGGGGUGAUUCCCGGGGUCGAGGCCCUUCCAGCCCUCACGAGCCCUAUAGGCAACCAUCAGCCAGCCCACCACCGCCCCCGGCCAACGAAGAAAGAUCCCAUGUUGACGAUAAUGGUGACCGGUUUGCACCAUCAAGGAAAGAAACCCACACAGAAGAUGACGGUUCGAAGGCUACUGCGGGAGGUGAUGCUCAAGGCAACCCACCUCCAACUAAUGCUACGCAACAAUCUAAUUCAUCUGCUACCCCUAACAAAGGGGGCAAAAUCAGUUUCGCUUUCAAGGCAAAGACUACCCCGGCUCCAGCUCCCAAGCCGGUUCCCGACUUGGCUCAAAGAAUGCUGGCACGAGAGCCACCGCCGCGCGCUGCUGAGCCACCUCCCCGCAAUAGGUUAUCGAGUGGCCCGCCGCCACCGAAGUUUAAGCCUGACACACGCUAUGACCGUCGUGAUCGUGACAGAGAUAGGGACCGCGACCGUGAUCGGCCGCGCGACAGGGACCGAGAUCGAGGGAGGAUGGACCGCAGAGAAUUCCGGGAACCCCGCAGCUUUCGUGAAGCUCGAGAUCCACGCGAUAUGAGAAGAGACGACCGACGAUUCGAACAUCGCAAUGAAAGAAGGAGAGGUGAUCGAAGACAAGACUUCCGUCCCGAGCGCCGUCGCGAGCGUUCUCCUGAACCAAAAAAGCAGCCAAAGAUCAUGACCCGUCCCAAGCCACGUCCCACCCUAUCCGAAGAGUUUGCCCAGUCGGACUCGGUCUAUUAUCGAAAGCCUGGCAAUGAGUCUGUCAUUGGUGCCGGUACAUAUGGAAAGGUUUUCAAGGCAAUUCAUGUCUACACACAGAAAAAGGUUGCUUUGAAAAAGAUCCGAAUGGAAGGCGAGAAGGACGGCUUUCCCGUCACAGCUGUGCGGGAGAUCAAACUACUUCAACAUCUUCGCAACAACAACGUUGUCAGCCUGUUGGAAGUAAUGGUUGAGAGAAACGAGUGUUUCAUGGUCUUUGAAUAUCUCUCGCACGAUCUGACUGGCUUGAUCAAUCAUCCAACCUUCACGCUGACGGCAGCUCACAAGAAAGACUUGGCUAAACAGAUGUUUGAGGGCUUGAACUACCUGCACCACCGUGGAGUCAUGCAUCGUGACAUCAAGGCCGCCAACAUCCUCAUCAGCAACAAAGGACAACUGAAAUUUGCGGACUUUGGAUUGGCCCGUUUCUUUUCUAAGAGUCGCCAACUAGAUUACACCAAUCGUGUCAUCACCAUAUGGUAUCGACCACCCGAACUUUUGUUGGGUGAAACCAGGUAUGGACCGGCGGUCGAUGUCUGGAGUGCGGCGUGCGUAUACGUGGAGAUGUUUACGAAGAAGGCUGUCUUUCCUGGCGAGGGCGGAGAAAUCAGUCAAUUGGAGAAGCUUUACAAUUCCCUUGGUACGCCGACUCGGCAAGAGUGGCCAGACAUUGUCGAGAUGCCCUGGUUCGAGCUGAUGCGGCCGACUGAGCGACGCAAGAGGAUAUUCGAAGAGGUCUACCGGGAAGUUCUAUCACCCGCUGCUCUGGAUUUGGUUUCGCAAAUAUUCCGCUACGAUCCUACAAAACGGCCAAGUACCGAGGAGAUUCUGUCACACCCAUACUUUGUUUCAGAGGAACCAAGUGCUCAACAAGCCGUCGAAUUGGAGAAUAUUGAAGGUGACUGGCAUGAAUUCGAGUCUAAGGCUCUCCGUCGCGAGAGGGACAAAGAACGUCGUGCUGAGUAUCAGCGGGAUAAGGAGAAGCGCAAGGGGGCACCAUCUGCACCUCCGAGCGAGAGAGAUCCCAAGCGUGUCAAGCAAGACGGGUCUGAAAGCGGACCACCUUCUGCGCCACACCCGGGUCAGUGA